AUGCCCUCCAUCGUCGAAUCCAUCUCUAACCUCUUCGCUUCUAUCAUCAACACCAUCACCGCAGCCUUCUCCUCCAUCAUCGCUGUCCUCCAAUCAAUCCUCAACACCAUCCUCGGUCUCAUCAAUGCAUUCUUCUCUGCCAUCGGUGCUGCUGUUGCUGGUAUCGUGCAGACCUUUGAAGGAUUAUUCAAUUUCCUUUUGAGCAAUAUAAUCGUAAUCGGCGCCCUCGUCGCCACCUUCUUUGCCUACCAAAUUUACCAGCAACGACAAAAAGGACAACCCAUUACCGCUGCACCCUCAAGCGCCAAGAAGACUUCUUGA